CUGUCACUAUGUAGUAUGGUUGUGAAUCGAACGAGGAAAAACAUCGUCGUCAAUGAAGAAACAUUAAAAGGUUGGCAUCUUAUAUGGUGGUUAUUUACAUUAUUUGGAUUUCCAAUUACUAUCCCAUGGUUGAUAUAUCAUUUCUUUGAUAUAAUGCAACGAAAAAGAAGAAAAAGUAUGUUAAGUGGGAAGGUUGUGAUAAUAACUGGAGCCAGUUCUGGAUUAGGAGAGGCAUUAGCGCAUAUUUUCUAUGACUGUGGCUGUAAACUUAUUUUAAUUUCUAGAAGAAAGGAGGAAUUGCAAAGAGUGAAAAAUGACCUAAUGAAUAUUCAUGUUACAAUACCAACUCAUCCUCCAGUAAUUGUGCCAUUAGAUCUAACUAAUAUCAAUUCUCUACAAACUGAAGUUUCAAAAAUGAUAGAUAUCCAUGGAAAGAUUGAUAUUUUGAUUAAUAAUGCUGGCAUUUCUUAUAGAGGUGAAGUUGUUAAUACAAAUAUGGAUGUAGAUAUGAAAGUAAUGCUUACAAAUUACUUUGCUCAAAUUGCUUUGACAAAAGCUGUCCUCCCAUAUAUGAUCCAGCAAAAGUCAGGUCACAUAAUAUGUGUUAGUAGCAUACAGGGAAAAAUUUCAAUACCAUACAGGUCUGCAUAUGCAGCUUCUAAAUAUGCAUUACAAGCCUGGUGCGAUUGUUGUAGAGCAGAAAUGUAUGACCAAAAUAUAAAAGUUACAACUGUUAGUCCUGGUUAUGUAAGAACCUCUCUUUCACAGAAUGCAUUAACAGGAAAUGGGCAAAUUUAUGGAGUAAUGGAUAAAAACACACAAGAGGGAUAUUCUCCAGAAUAUGUAGCAGAUCGUAUUUUAAAAGCAGUAUUGAAAGAAGAGAAAGAUGUGUUUAUUGCACCAUUUAUUCCAAAAUGUGCAGUAUAUUUACGCACUUUAUGUCCAUCAUUGUAUUUCUGGAUAAUGCAAAAACGAGCUAAAAAGGCAAAAGAAUCAUAAUACUUAAUAUAUGGUUAUAACAAAGGGACAAUUAUUUGUUUCUUGUUAUUUAUAAAAACAUUUAGUCUCUAUCUUUAUAUUUAUACUAUCUUUUAUUAUUAUGUUAUAACUAAAAUGAAAUAUACGUUGUAAUAGAUUUAAUUUUAUGCCAAGUUGAUGGCAAUCUUGAAAAGAGAAUAAUUUUAUGAAAUGCAUUGGACAAAAUUAUAUCCAAAUUAUAUUUUAUUAUAAUGCCAGUCAUUGGUGGAAUAUGUUUACAUUAUAUACAUUUUAAUACUACAAACGUGUUAAUGGAAUUUAGACUGAAGCACAUUAAAAUAUAUGUCAUCUAAAACUUGAAAAGUCAUGGAAUAUAUAAAGAUAAGUAAUUACAGAAAUUAUGUUUUAUAAAUAUAAUAAAAGCUGUAAAAUAUAGACAUAUACAGAAAGUAAA